UUGUAAUUUUAAUUCUAUAUAAUAGCUGCAAAAGCAACUCUAGUUGUGUACCGAGUUGCUCUUAUUCUCUUAAGUUAGUGUGAGCUUGUCUGCAGACAUAUAUAUCUUCCUUUUCCGUAGGUAUCAAAACAAUUUCUUAUACUAUUAGCAAGUCCAUUAAUCCAGGAAGCUUAAUUAAACAUCAGUAGAAAUGGAGGUUUUAGGCAGCAGCACUUGUAAGCAGCAGCCAUCUGAUUAUGACAGGGUUAAAGAAGUGAAAGAAUUCGAUAACACAAAGUGUGGAGUCAAAGGCCUCCUAGACUCAGGACUUGUCAAAAUCCCAAGAAUCUUCAUUCACUCCCCAGAAAACCUCCAAAACCCAAUCUCCACCACAGACAUCUCAGCCAGCCAGCUUGAGAUGCCAGUGAUAGAUCUCCAAGGCCUUGAGAGUUGUUGUCGCCGCGCAGAAGUGGUGAACCAUAUCUGCAAGGCAUCAAUGACAUGGGGAUUCUUUCAGAUGGUUAAUCAUGGAAUUACCAAGACUGUGAUGGAAAAUAUGAUACAAGGCAUCAAGCAGUUUCAUGAGCAGGCAAAUGAAGUGAAGAUGGGAUGGUACUCGCGUGAUCCUAAGCAAAAAGUGAGGUACUACUCCAACGGAGAUCUUCAUGUCUCCAAAGCAGCAAACUGGAGGGACUCCAUUGCUUGCAGCUUUGAAGAUGGCUUGCUGGACUCAGAUGCCUUGCCACUUGUUUGCAGGGAAGCAAUAGGCAACUAUAUGAAGAGCUUGAUUAAACUAAAGGAUACACUAUCUCAGCUGCUUUCAGAAGCACUGGGGAUCAGAAGUGACUUCCUUGCAAGUAUUGAUUGCAUGGAAACUGCAUCUCUUGUGUGCCACUAUUAUCCAUUCUGCCCAGAACCCGACUUGACUCUAGGCGCAACCAAGCACUCAGACCCAUCUUUCCUUACCAUCCUUCUUCAAGAUAGUAUCGGAGGCCUCCAAGUCCUUCAUGAUACUCAGUGGAUCGACGUGCAUCCUAUAAACGGAGCACUAAUAGCUAACAUUGGAGAUUUGAUGCAGCUAAUUAGCAAUGGCAAGUUUAAAAGUGUCGAACACAGAGUGCUAGCUGGAAGAGCUGGUCCCAGAAUAUCAGCAGCGUGUUUCUUCUACCCAGGUACUGCCAGUUAUUGUAGACCAUACCGGCCAAUUCAGGAGUUACUAUCCGAAAAGAAUCCACCUAUAUACAGAGAAACGAGCCACAAGGAGUAUCAUGCUUACUACAAAUCCAAAGGACUUGAUGGUUCGUCAGCUCUUCCUCACUUCGAGCUGCAGCAAAGUGAUGACUUGUCAUUAUCUGAAAAUCAAACUACGUUAUAACUUUAAUUACUAAGUCAUUAUAUCGAUAUCAUAUGAAUACCUCAGCUGUUCCUCUCCACAUAGCUACUAGGUCUAUCGUACCAGUUUCAGAUAGAUCCAUCUGUCCUUCCUCGCUUUAAGCUGCAAAAAUGUCUCAACUCACCGAGUACUAGAGUAUUACUAUCAGACAGACCUAAAAAUGAUCUUGUUGGAUGUAUUGUUCCUAUUUGGUCAAAUACCUAGGAUAAAACUCUUAUGUUCCUAUCAUCGCGCUAUUUCUGAACAAGUUCCUGGAUAAACAUUAUAAUCCCGGUCUCUGUGUUCGAUGUACCAGGACCAUUAUGUAAAGUAUCUUGUUCAAAUUGUUAUGUAUCAGAAGUAUUCAAUGAAUCUAAUCCUGUAAAAUGAA